AUGGAGAAGGCGGGCCAGGUCGUAAUGCCCGGUGAGGUCAUCGGCAAGGUAGAUCCUGCAAAGACGACAAAGAUUGGCAUCGGUGUGAUCCAAAAUCAGGAGAAUCUUAUCGCCACCAAGUGCGGAAUUUUGCGAAGCAAGGGAAAUCACGUGUGGGUGGAUAAUCGUCAAAAGCGAUAUGUGCCCGUGAUGGAGGACAUGGUGCUGGGUGUGGUGCUUGAAAAGCACGUAGAAAACGCCAAGGUGGAUCUGGGCAGCGCUGUGCCGGCCGUCCUUCCCAUGCUCGCGUUUGAAGGAGCCACCCGCAAGAACAGGCCCAACCUUCAGGUGGGAACGGUCGUGUAUGCGAGAGUCGUGGUGGCGAACAAGGACAUGGAGCCCGAGCUGGUGUGCACGGCGGCGACGGGCAAGGCCGAGGGAUUCGGCAUUCUCGCGGGCGGUUACAUGGUGAAGUGCUCACUUAGCCUUGCGCGACAGUUGCUGUCGCCGGACUGCGUCGUGCUGCAGGAGAUCGGCAAGUCGAUGCCGUUCGAAAUUGCCGUCGGUCAGAACGGUCGCGUGUGGGUGCACUCCAACUCCAGCGUGCAGACCAUGCUCAUCGCCAACGCCAUCCUCAACUGCGAGUUCCUCUCGCCCGCACAGACUCGAGACAUGGUGCAGCAGCUGCUCAAGAAGGCGGCGGCCUUGAAAACUGAAAAAUAA